CAAGGCCCUUUGGCUCGGUACAUUUAAUAGAUGAGACACUCCUUACCAGACGGUAAAGCCCUGUUCUUCGGCUUCUAUUGCUUAAGUUAAACCUCUCUUUUACCUGUUUCAGCUGUACCUCUAAAGAGGUUGGCCAGCGCAGAAGAUGAUCUGGUGUUGGGAGUGGAAGCUUCUUUGUAUGACAAAAACAUAAACCGUAUCACUGUACAAGAAUAUAUAAGAUCUCUAAAACCACAAUCAGAAAAUCCAUCUUUAUCAAGGUGGAACAGUGUGGCCUCAUCCUUUUCAGUUAGUGUUGGAAUCAAAAGUAUAAUGGAUGUUUUGGAUCGCUGGCAGGAUGAUCCAGAAGAGAUUCUGUUAGACCUGGGCUUUGGAGUAGACGAACCUGAUAUUUCUAUCAAAAUUCCUUCAAGGUUUAUAAACUGCCCAUCGAGUGCAGAAGGAAUUAAUAUCAGAGUCUUCCUUGAGGCACAGAAGAUGCGGAUGGAUACUGAGAACCCUGAUUUCUAUAAUCGUUUCCGACAGCUGGAGGUCUUGCAUCAAGUGACCAGUGUCUUUUCAAACCUGUUCAAUAAUGUAAGCAUAAAUACGUCAGGUGUCACUGAACCUCCUGUGACUACCCCAGAGGAGAACAAAGCAUCCAAGCUGAAAGAAAAGAGAAGAAAGUUAGCCACGCUUCUCCGACGAGUCUCCAAACAAACCAUAAGCAUGGAACAGAGCAAGCAACAACCACAGAAAUCAACAAGGCAAUGUCUUCUUGAAAAUGGAUGCCUGUCACCCCUGGAAGAAGAGCAGAAUCCUGCAGUUGAGACACCUCCAGAUUUGCAUCUAGAGAAGGUUGCAGAGAAAGAGAAUCCUCAGACUGCUCCUUUAUCUGGAGUGAUAGGGGGUGAACAUUCACCAGCCUUGGAGUGUUUACCAAGAUUCAGAACAUCCAUAGAGUCUCACCAUAAUGCUGCCAUUUCACUAAAAAGAAAACAUUGUGAUCGACAGGCUCCCGAUUCCUUUGAGAUGGAAGAGAUUGACAGCUUUGACGAGGGCAGUGUUUCAGGGAGCAUUUCAGGACCAGUUACUGAAGUCACUUUAGAAGAUUCUGUCAUAAGAAGAGCAAACAGCUGCCAGUCAGACAGUAGUGGAUUUCUGGAGGAACCAUCAGUGCCUUCUCUUUUACAGAAAGCUACAGCAAUGCCUCUGACUCCAAAGACACUUCAAAAACUGGAUACUAACUGUGUGGACAGCCAGACUACUUUCAGGGGAAACAUGGAUCUCUCAACUUCAGUUCAAGAUCCAGAGCAAGAAUUAGAUUCUGAUGUUUCACAGAAAAAUGGUUUUACAUCAGAUGAUGAAAAUGUAAGAUCUCCAGAACUGGAAUUACAGCAAGAGGAUGACUGUUCUUGUUCCCGUAAUGUAGAAGUUUCCAUAGUUGUAGGAAGUAACACCUCUGUUAUCCAGGAAUACUUGGAGGUUCCAGUACCACUGCAGGGUACAUCACUAGAAGACAGUGGUUUAAGCUUAAAUGAAAGUAACAAAGAGUACUUUAACAAAGAAGUGAGAGUACCAGAACCAAUGGAUGUCAAUGGAAGCCUAAGCAUUGCUUUAGACGAUCAAGGUCUAAAUGUGCAGCUAGAAAUCAUUCCUAAUUUGGACACAAGUAAAAUGGUUAGAUAUCAAGAUGAAGACAUGCAAAUACCAAAUAUGCAACUGGAAUACACCCCAAGUUUGGAUUACAAUACAAAUAUAUUACCACUUCCAUUUGGUGAUAAGUCUGAAAACUCAAUUCAAGAGGUUGAGAAUCUCCCAGUUUUUUCUCAGACUGAAGGCCUACAAGAUUGUCCCAUUAACAUUUUGGGGACCAAUACAAGCCAAAGUGAAGGAUAUAAAACAGAGCUAGAGGUUAUCAACAGUCAUGCUCUUGAAUCUUCCCCUGACAAAAGUGCAUUUAUUAGCACCUUUCAUUCUAUUAGCCAACAAGCAGACUCAAAAACGGAUCAAUGUGAAUUCACAGUCCCUUCUUACAGACCCCAUAAGCUCAAAGAACUUUACCAAAAAUCAAACCCAAACAUUGCCUUAACCAGAUCUGUAUCUGUACAGAUGCCCUCAAACUUAAGGACAACUUUCCAAUACAGUGUGCCCAAAAGACAUAUAGCCAGAGGCCAUUCUUUGGAAAUCAUGUCACAAACACAUCAGCAAGCCAAAACAGAGGCCUUCACGAAAAGGUCAGGGUCUGCUAUUCCACUACUUCACUGUAUGGAUAACAGAAAUGUCUUUGGUCAGACUAUUCUCAAACAUAAGCAAGAUGCUUCCAAACCCUCACUUUCAUGUGAUAGUCAAGGCUACAGCUUCUUGUCCAAUUCUGUAUCAUUGGAUACUGGACUUGUAAAUGAUGAUGGUAACUCUGAUGAGAUGUUUAAUGAUCAUUCCUGUCACCACCACUGCUGCUGUUCUCCAGGUGGCUUUUCUUCACAUGGCUUUUACACUCAGGCAUCUGAUAAAGUUACAGUGGGUCACUUGCAUAAAACCCUAGAGCUACUUCAAUGUGCAAUCCGGAAUGUAGCUGCUUUCCCAUACACAAUUAAUGGAAUCGAAAUCAUCACAAAAUCCUUGAGGACAUUUUGUGAAAGGCUGAUAGAAAUCGAAGAAGAACUUGAUGAUGAGCAGGCUUCAGUUUACAGCAUCCUUUCUGAUUUAGAAAAAGAGGAAGCGAGGCAUGUAAAGGCUUUGUGGAAGGCUGUGAGACAGGAAGUAAACGAGCUGGAGAAUCAACUUGCAGUCCUAGCAUGCCAUUAUGAUGAAGGAAUUCAAAUGGAAAUGCAUAGACUCUUGGAAGUGCAAUCCUGUCUUCUUGCAGAGCUGCAAGUGAAAAGUCUUAUAAACUCUCAAACAACACCUGAUUUAAAAAUCAAGUCUCCUACCAGAAGUAUCUCCACACAGUGUCAGGCAUUACCUGAGGUCUGCUUUGAAAAAAGUGUUGACUCAACUGACACAAUUAGUCCACUCUUAAAAUUGACUUCACAUGGGACAGAGGAUGCAACUUCUAUUGCAGCUGAAAAUCCCACACCUCAGGGGGCAGACUUAAAAGCAAUGUACUCACCCAUAAACGAAACUGUCAAAAAGCAAAAUUCACAGGACAAACGGGACUUUAUGGCCUUCCUACAAAGUUUAAAGAAGUCAUUCAGGACGUCCUUCAACAGUGACACACCACCAUGAAAACCCUUUAUAUGAGAAGAACCACACACAAAAGCUCUCCAGCAGGGCUGGGGAAAAAGCCCACAGUCUGGGUUAACUGGAUAAUCACCAACAAACGACACCCAGAGCUGAGUCCCAUCAAGCCGAAUAACAGAAAGGAUCACCACACUGCUGAAACUGGUGCUUUUGAUGAUCUGUAAACCCGCUGAGAAGCCUUUGUACCCAAGCCUCACGCAGAUGACUUUGCAAUCAGUUUACUUUUUAACCAAUUUUAACUGAUAUGACUGAGAAUGCUCUGAAUCUGAAUUGCCUGUUGACAAAGACCCCUGUCAAACACAUCAGUAAGAGAUAUGAACCAGCAGCUGUUGGUACCAACUGACCACUUUUGACAAAUAUUUGUAAAUUACAUUUAAUGAAGAGAUAUUAAAUUGUAUAACUUGCUACACUGCCCUGUGCAUGUAAUAGUAUAUUUUCAAUUGAUUUAAUUGUAUUACAGAUGCAAGAAGGCUUCUGAGUUUAUUUAUAUAAAAAGAAGGGACUUGGACCCACAAAUAACCUGUGUUUCAGUUGAGAUUCAUAGAAAUAUACAGUAAUAGACUGUGCCUUGCUUUAAAUGAUUGAGUAAUUUGUUAUUGCUUUUGGUCAGUGAAAAUCCAUGUGAAAAUGACCUGGUUAGGUCCCACUUGGUCUUAACUGAAAAAGCUGCAAUCUCUGUGUGAAAGAAAGAGGCAAGCUUAUGUGUACAAAAGUAUUUAUUUUUGAGUUUUGUUCACAGAACUCUUUUGAACACCUUUUUGUUCAUAAAAUGUAUUUGUUUUUUAGACCUUACUGUGUGUCUAGUAAAGUACUAGUAUAAUAAGAAAAGCCAAACAAUUACCUCAACUCAGUUUCUUGUGGCCAUUGCUCAGGGAUAUGGCAACUGUGUUAUACAGGCCCAUUACAUAGUCAAAUGUAAUGAUUAACAAUACUACUGCCUGGUUAGAGAUUUAAUAGGUUUUAGAUUGAAAAGGCUCCAGGUUGCAUUCCUCUUCUGCAAAAGGUGGUAUUUAAAAGACCAACCUGCAUUUAAUGUGUCGAUAGAUACUGUAUAUGUGUACUGACAAAAUUAAAAUGCAUUCCGAAUUGAAUGAGUAAUCAAAUUAUGUAAAAAUAUACUCAGCACAAUAUUGUAAUCAGCAAUGUUUGAUCUCCUGAACAAUAAAAAAAAAAAA